AUGGCAGCAACUGUUAAAAAUACAGAUUUUAUUUAUCGCAAAUUGUUUGGACCUAAGGACUACAAGAAAAAAAAAUCAAUUUCAAACAAAAAUGUUCACAAAAACAAGAGCUUACUAGAACAUUCGAAAAAGGACGUUGAACACACAUCAAUCAUACUUCCUAAUGAACCUGGUUAUAUAGUUGCUUCCGAGGAUGAGAAGACGUAUAGCUUGACGCAGGAUAAACUACUGUCCAUUGUUGACCAAGGAACUAAGAAAAAGGCCCUGAAUUUGAACUUGUCAUAUGGACCCUAUUUUGUUGAUUUCUCACCGAACGGGCGCUAUAUGUUACUAGGAGGCGAAAAGGGGCAGCUCUCAAUGAUUUGUAUGCAAACAUACAAGGAUUUCUUUGAUAUAUCGGUAAAGGAGGCCAUAAGGGACGUGAAGAUGCUCCACAAUCACACGAUGUUGGCUGUUGCUCAAAAGAAGUAUAUUCACAUUUACGAUAACAGCGGCUCGGAAGUAUAUAUCUUGAGAGAUCGAAUGUUGACUUACAAGCUGGAGUACCUCUAUUACCAUUACCUGCUGGUUUCCAUAGGAGAAUUUGGACAAUUAUGUUAUCAAGACGUAUCGACGGGAGAAUUAGUAGCAAGACAUAACACGAAAAAGGGCCCCUGUAACGUAAUGUGCCAAAACAAGAGUAAUGCAGUAAUACACCUGGGACACAACGAUGGAUUGGUAUCACUGUACGUACCAAAUAUGCCAAAGGAUGUUGUUAAGAUGCUAUGCCAUAAAGGGCCAAUUACGACACUGUGUGUCCACAAUAACUACAUGGUUUCAUCAGGAUUUGAUGGGUAUUGGAAGGUCUGGGACCUGAGAAACUAUAAAGAGUGCUUAACAAGGCAGUACUUUGGAUCCAAGCCGCCGACAUGUGCCUCGGUCAGCCAGACAGGGAUACUGGCCUUGAAUUUUGGUGGAAGACUAGAGUUUUACAAUGACCUUUUCAAAGAUAAAGUAAAGGCAAGUCUGUACUUGAAGCACCAGUUCCACUCUCAAGAAAUAAAGUCGGUUGCCUUUCAACCAUUUGAAGACGUGUGCGCAGUUGGUACCACGUAUGGCAUUUCAACGCUGAUCGUACCAGGGUCAGGGCACGCAAACUUCGAUGCCCUGGAACAGAAUCCAUAUGAAACAGGAAAGAUCGCAAAGGAUAGAGAAGUGCAAAGGCUGCUUGAGAAGCUGCCCCCGGAUUCAAUUACACUCAACACACAGCCAGUCGGAAGUUACUCCAGAGACCUCUCAAGCGUCCAGUUCUCUAAAGAGGAGUUAGAAAAGGCAGAAGAAGAGAAGGCAGGCUCCGGCUUAAAGAAGAAGAAGAAAACAAGGAAGAGGUCGGACAAGCACUCGGCGAAAUACAAGGCCGCAAAAUACAAUAAAACGUUCAUGAGAAGGCAGCAGGCAGUUGUGGAUAGGAUAAAGAGCAUGAAGGAAUCAGGAAAGGAUGUAGAUGAUGCUAAGAAGAAGAUACUGCGUAAAAUGACGAAAAAGGACGUCGUAAAGGGACAAAUAAGGGGAGCAGCCUUAUCAAGGUUUUUUAAAAAAACAGACUAA